GGCGCGGGGGCGGGGCGGCCGUCAGCUGACUGGCGGCGGCGGCUUCGCUGGGACAACCGUUGGCGGCGACGCAGGCUCCGGAGGGAAGAUCGCCGGCGUGUCGGUUCUCGGCGGGCGAGGCGCGGCCGGCGGAGCACCAUGGCGACCACCGUCAGCACGCAACGCGGGCCGGUGUACCUCGGGGAGCUCCCGCAGGACUUCCUCCGCAUCGCGCCCACGCAGCAGCAGCAGCAGGUGCAGCUGGACGCACAGGCGGCCCAGCAGCUGCAGUUCGGCGGGGCCCUGGGCACGGUGGACCGCCUCAACAUCACCGUGGUGCAGGCCAAGUUGGCCAAGAACUACGGCAUGACCCGCAUGGACCCGUACUGCCGGCUGCGCCUGGGCUACGCGGUGUACGAGACGCCCACGGCCCACAACGGCGCCAAGAACCCGCGCUGGAAUAAGGUCAUCCACUGCACCGUGCCGCCCGGCGUGGACUCCUUCUACCUGGAGAUCUUCGACGAGCGAGCCUUCUCCAUGGACGACCGCAUCGCCUGGACGCACAUCACGCUGUCGGAGGCGCUGCGGCAGGGCGAGGUGGAGGACAAGUGGUACUGCCUGAGUGGGCGGCAGGGCGACGACAAGGAGGGCAUGAUCAACCUGGUCAUGUCCUACUCGUCUCUGCCGGCCACCAUGAUGAUGCCGCCUCAGCCCGUGGUCCUGAUGCCCACCGUGUACCAGCAGGGCGUCGGCUACGUGCCCAUCACGGGCAUGCCCGCCGUGUGCAGCCCUGGCAUGGUGCCCGUGGCCUUGCCCCCGGCAGCUGUGAGCGCCCCGCCCCGCUGUAACGAGGAGGACCUGAGGGCCAUCCAGGACAUGUUCCCCAACAUGGACCGCGAGGUGAUCCGCUCGGUGCUGGAGGCCCAGCGCGGGAACAAGGAUGCGGCCGUCAACUCCCUGCUGCAGAUGGGGGAGGAGUCCUAGACCCCUGCCGCCUGCGCCCUCGCCGCCACGCCGCUCCAGCCCUUUGGACCUGCCGCCCAGGGCGCCCGAGCCCUAUCCCAACGAGAUCCCGUGUCCCCUCCUCAGUGUCCCGUCGCCAGCCCACCUGUUGGGGAUGCAGGUGGGUUUUGGGUUCCGGGCAGCUGCUCUGGACUGCCAGCGGGGGUGGCCGAGGUAGCCUCCCUCCUCACUCUGUGGGGUGAGCGGGCACGUGGGCCGUGUCCUGUGUGCACACUCCCCUCCGCUGGGGACGCGCGCCCUCGAGUGCUCUGAGCUGCUCCUCCCGAGCGCCCUUCUGGUUUGGUCCCUGGCGCGUAGUCCGGCCGCUUACGGGGAUAGACCUACUCGCUUAGGUUCGCAGUCCACGGACAGCUGCUUUGGGGUUUAGAACUUGCCAACUGAAAACUCCCGUCCUCCCUCCGUGUGCUUCCUGGGCCUGGCUGCCCCCCGUGGCCCGGGCCGGUGUGGCUUGGCCAGGCCUCAGCCAUGGGGUCCGCCUGCCUGUCCAUCCCGCCAGCCCCCGUCACAGCCCUCGCGGUGGCCGGAGCGGGGCUGUCCUAGCUCAGAGGAUCCCUGGUCUCCGUCUGCUGUCCGUCAGCUCUGGGGCAGUCAGGCCGAGGGGCAGCUUCCUCUCCUUGAUCGGCUCUCGCACCAGAACCUGAACUUGGGGCAACAAGUAAUAGACCUAGUGCUUCGCUAAGGGAGGGAGGGUGCGGGGGCCUGCUGGGUCCGAGGGUCCGUGUGGAGUGUGGAGACAGUGCCAAAGUCCCCGGGGCCCACGUGCGCAUGUGCGAGCUGCACCCUGGCCCGACGCUGGCCACGGCCACAGCGUAGGGACAGGGUGGGUGCCACCUAGUGAAACGGGGAGUUCCUCAGAAGUGACGCCCUUUAAGCCCCGCCCUCCACGGAACGCGUGCGUCCAGCUGCAGUCAGCGGCUCUGCCUUGGACUCCGCUCUUCCGAUUCAGGGUUGGGGCGGUCCUGGCAGCGUGGAGGCUGGUGGCUAAGCCAGAGGAAGCGAGGGCUGUUUGGCUCCUCCCUCCGACGCCCUGUGAGCCUGGAGGGUGUGCCGCGGGGUGGCCAGGGCACAGGGGCUUGGACCACUUGCUUGGCGAGCGCAGCCUUCUCGUGGCCCCGUCGUCAUGCCCUUGUCACGUUCCAGCAGCUUGGCUUGUGCCUCAGAGGCCGACGACUCAGCGACGAGCGUUGGGCAGGCCUGCGGGCCCUGGGGUUUGAGUGGUGGCCUGAGCGGCCUGACAGCCCCCCCCCCCCCUUCCAGGGAGGCUUGUGGGACCCCUGGGAGCACUCGGCCCCAGCCCAGGGCAGACGCGCAGGCCCCGCUCGUGGCGGCCCAGUGUGCGGGUGCGUAGUUUUUAGGGUGACGGGCACUUGCCACAUCCCCGCUUUUCUUUCUCGUGCGCGCUGUGUUUUACUCGACCAGAGCCCCCGUUUGACAGGGCCUGCCUUGCUAAAGCAGACCGGCCUCCACAGCUGCCCCGGCCUGCGCUCACAGUGCCGCCUGCACCCCACAGGGAAGUGCGGCCCCCGAGGAGGCCCCGGGCCAGGCCGCCUGCAGAUGGCAGGUCGGGGCGCUGCCGCUUCCUCGGGCCUCAGCCGGCUGUGGGUGAGGCGAGGCUGGGCAGCGCGUCUCCUGAAGGCCCCCCUUCACCAGCCCCUCCCGCCCUCCGCCCGCCCGUGUGGGUGCCAGUGCGUCUCGGAGCCUGUGCUUCUGUCCUUCUCCUGGGUCCAGUGUCCAGAUUUUCUUUGAUUGUAAAAUAUAUUUUUACUUUUCAGCCUUCUAAUUUAAUAAAUGAUCUAUAUGAAGAUAGAGAAUUAAAGUCCUUCAGGGAAGUUUA